AUGCAGAAGCUUAUAGAGUUCUCUGUGGAUGAUGUGUUUGCACGUUAUACUGUUCCUCAAGUGCAAAGGCUACAUAAGGACUACCAUCAAGAUAUCACCAAGGCAAAGGACGAGCUUCAUUUGUUGGUUGGUGGUAAAUACAGAGACUUGAUUCGAAUUGCUGAAGAGAUUGAUACGAUGAGUGUCACUGCUCACAAGAUAGACAAUACGUUGGCUGACUUGUCUUUUCAGUCCUCUAACUACGUUGCAUUUGGCAACAACAAGUUUUCCAAGUUUGAUUCUGAUUUAAGGAAACAAAAUGUCAAGACUGCUCGUGAACAGUCCAAGAGGACUAUUCUUAACAAUGUUAUCAACAAUGAACUUAUUGGGUAUGACUUGAAGCUCCAGACCGACUCUCUCAAACGGACGCAGUCUUUGGUCCACCUUGCAAAGAUAUACUACACAAUCGAAAAGCUUUUUGGCAAUAUACUUCUAUCCGAAGACCACAGCGUCACGAGCUAUGCUAAGCUCAAGCGUAACUUCGUGUCCUAUCUAGAGAAGAAGCUUGCACUUUAUACAUUCACAGGUGAUGCGGUUACGAAUAACUCUCUUCUGGGUCUUGAGGACGUAAUCCAGAAAACCGAAAACAAACAAUGGCUCGAGGAUGAAUCUUUUGAUUUCUUGAGUGAAGAGUUUGACGAUGAUGACUACCAAUACGCUGAUACCGAAUCUUCCCGAAGUGACACAUUGACGAGCGCUUCCAGUAUACCCAUAGUCAACUACAUCCUUGCUUACAUUAUUGUCAAUCAUGAUGGUGAAGAGACCAAUUCAUUGCAGUCAAUUACCUCAAAGAUCAUAAACCUCAAAUGGGCUCACUUGAGUUCUAUUACGAAGGAUGCCUUGCAACAUCCUAAUGCAUCCAAUAUUAAUUUCUACAAACUUUUCCGAUUUAUCGAGUCUGCUGCAAUUUGUAUAAAUGAUUACCUUGUCAACGACGGCGAAAUCAAAACUCGUCUCAAGCAAUUGAAAACGUGGAAUGCCUCACAGCUUAUUGGCUUUCACCAUUGGUUCGAAGAAGACGAGAUACACUUUGACAUUCAGAUGGAUGCUACAGGAUCUCCAAGCUACGAAGAAUCACUCCAGUCUUACUACGAUGACAGUCGUAACUUGCUUACUUCCUUUGUGUCUUCCUUGUUUGAAGCAAACCAACAGACUGAAACAGCUGCAUCUGGGACUGUUAUAUUUUCCAUCCUCUACAACCUUAUGUCUGGAGCAAGUAAGGUAGGGGGUUUGGCCAACUAUGAAGAAAGAGAAUGCUACAUUUCAAGCAGCAUUUUCACAAAUGAAUUCAUGUCUACUUCUAUUAAAUCAGCAUUCAGAGGCUUCCACGAGGCUUCGCAAAGACAUAUACAUACACUCACAGAGGGUGAUGCAUCGAUAUUACUGUCAUUGAAGAGUCUGAUGGCUGCAUCGGAAUCGGAUGGUUGCCACAAUGAUGAUUUUUUCUCGGAUGAAAUCAUAAGUUCCAUGGACGAAGAUAUCGAGACAUAUUUGACGAAUAUUCUGCGCCUCGGAUCAUACAAGACUGUCAGUCUUGAGCAGUCACAUAAUGGCUUACGUACCUGGCUCCGUGCCAUGAAAACGAUCUUGCUGGAAACCAAAUCGUCAGAUAAUAAUGUCAUUGGCAAGAUGCAGCGUCUUGUCGCCAAGCUGGGCCUGGAUUCUUCCGUGAAGUCACAAAGCACAGCUCUUUCCGAAAGUGUCAGCAAAGGUAACGACACCAUUACUAAGGAUCUUGUUGCACAGUUCGACAUUUUUGUCACAGACCUCACAGGCAUGCUUAAAGACAAUCAGGGAAAAGAUGUUAUCUUUGGCAUACUAAGCCUAGUACUAGAGUUGAAAGACUUCAUCUUCAGAGUCUUUCAGAAAGACACUGGUUCGAUUGUCUCACGCAUUGACUCCUUGUUGGCUGAUCUUUACAACAAGGCCCUUUCAUCUGCAUUGAACUCAAAAAUGGAUGAAGAUUCAGUUGGCGAUCAUCUUAUUUCAUCUAUUAGAGCAGCUAAUGUUAAUGAAUCUGCUGACUUGCCAUCUAGAGCUGAUCCUUCAGUGCACUCAAUCUUGUUCGGCUUUGUGGAAGAGCUCCUUGACCUGGACCAGUUCCAACAACAGAGAGUGAUCUCAUAUUUCACUAACAAGCAUAUCAAGGAUAUUUUCGCCAAAGAAAAGACAAAGCUUUUGUUAAGCGUGAUUGACAAGGCUCUUGAGUAUCCUGAGACUACGAAAUCCAAUGCUGAAACAUUAUCAUCCGAGUCACCUAAGGAUAAUGAUGAAGAACUUGAGCAAAAUGGGUCGUCCAAUAAAUCUGCGGGAGAGAAGAAGUUACCCUCCUCACAAGUACAACAGACGCUCGCCAACAUCAUAUUUGUGCUUAACUUUACGAGGACUCUGACCGUGAAAGCUGGCGACGAUGCCAUCCAGUCAUACUUGAGCAAGCUCAAUGAUAAGGCUGAGCUGCCUAUAGAGACUUCAAGCAUAGAGAUAAUAGCGAGAGGAGUAAGCGAACAGUUUAAAGCUAGCAAAGAUUUGUUCCUUCCCUUGCUGGCAACCUAG